AUGGCUGACCAGCACUGGGUAAAUGAACAAGAGACUUUUAACCCUAGUAACGGUAAUAAUCAAGAUCAAUAUAUCAUGUCAUAUCUGAAUAUGAAUGAGAAUUUUACCGGGGAGGAAAGUGUGAAUCCAAUGUCCAUUCUUGACCAGUCCAAGCAACGGCCCCAGCAAUACACAGGUUCUAAUGAGUCCAAUAACCAGAACGAACUAGGUUUGACGGCGGAUCCUUCUGUAUUUUUCAAUCAGCCUUCUAAUAUGCAAAGUUCUAACUCUCCCAUGGUAUCGCAAGUCCAGAAUCAGUCACCGUCAUUUCAACAGUAUUCUCAAGCACCAACUCCUGGUCAACUGCAACAGCAGUUUCAGGAUAUGUCUAAUGGGGAUUCCAAACAGGUUGUUGGAGAUCCCAAACAUCAAUCUCAGAUGCAAAACCAGUUAAGAAGACAAUCGCCGUCUCUUUACCAAGCAAAUUCUAAUUCGUCCCAGCAGCAACAACUGUAUCAAAAAUUCCAACAAGAACAGGGAUUGAACUAUAGAAGAAUGCAACAACAACAACAACAACAACAGCAACAGCAAGCACAACUUCAACAACAACAGCAGCAGCUACAGCAACAGCAAAUGCAACAGGCUCAGGCGCGUGCUCAAGCACAGGCACAAGCACAGGCGCAGGCUCAAGCCCAAGCUCAAGCCCAAGCCCAAGCACGACUACAGACACAGCAGAAACAGCAAAAUUCUCCUCCACAGUUUCAGCAAAACUACCCGGCUAAUUCUCCUCAAGGUGUACAGGCUAACCAAGCUCAAAACCAGAAACAACAAGCUGCCAGGGCGUUCCAGUUGCAGAGGGCGCUGCAGAAUCAAAUUAAUGCUCUGCAAAUAGACAGCUUUAUGCGCACUCUACAAGACUUUCUAGCAAGGAAGGGUAUAAACUUGAUUCAGCCUGUAAUCGAAGGAAAAAAGGUGCCCAUAUUUUUUUUGUAUAUCCUAGUGGGAUCAAAAAUGGGCGGUUUCCACAAUGUUUCUAAGCAUAACCAAUGGGCUUUAGCUGCUUCUAAGUUCAAUCUUUCUCCGAACGCUGCCAAUGAGCUUACAGCUAUAUAUGCUCAGUACCUUUUGCCAUUUGAGGAAUUUUCUCUGACUCCAGAAGGGAAGACAGAAAUGGCUCAAAGAAAAGUUGCAUUACAGAAACAGAUUCAACAGCUUCAAAUUCAAUUUGAACGACAGAAACAAAGGUUUCAACAGCAACAACAACAACAGCAGCCACAGCAACAUCAACAUCAAAAUCAACAACCAAACCAACAACAACAACAGCACCUGCAGCAACAGUCUAAGCAACAGCUUCAGCAACAGCAGCAGCAACAACAACAACAGCAACAGCAUUUACUACGACAGCAACAGCAGAUGCAACAACAACAGCAACGACAAUUUCAAAUUCAACAGCAACAACAACAACAACCGCAGGUAAUACCUCAACGGAGUCAAUUACAACAACCGAUGUCUCCUCAGCAGAACACUUCUGCCCCAUCAUCCAUCGCAUCUCACAAUUCGGCGAAGCCAACUCCACCUACUCAUGGGAUGCAUGGGAGUAAUACACCUGUGGCGCACAACUACGUUCCGCAUCAAAGACUGUUAGAUACCGUUGCUGGCUAUCAAAUGGACAAAUUACUUCAAUUGGGGGAACAAUUGGAACAAGCAAAACCGUUAUUUUUAUUUGCCCCAGAACUAGGCUCUGUGGAUUUGCAUGCUUUGACCAUGUCCUUAUCCAGUGGGAUUUUAUCAGAAAUAAACACUGCUCUAGAUGUUUUGCUGGUCGUUUCCGCGGAUCACAGCCUAUUGCUCAAUUUGAGUGAAUGCCCUGACCUGCUUGACGCAUUAAGUGAUGUUGGUCUUGAUGUGUUGAAUGAGGUCAUUAAUGGGAAAAAAACCUCCAAAUCGCAACCCAUUUACUACGACAACACAACUCUGUAUGACUCAAAUGAUGUUAUCGAAGAGAUAUUUUCAAAGUACUCGGGAGAGAAAAGCACUGAUGUCCAGAUAGUAGUUGACUCUUUUACCUCCGAACCCAUAGAAGAGAAAAGUCCCAAUUCUCCUUCUGACUCACUUUUUGUUGAUUCUGAAGAGCAGGUUUCUACUGCUGAUUCUGAACAAUCGACGCUACGAUCAAUUCCCGAUGCAUUUUCUUUUCCUGACUAUGCAGACUUAUUAGCAAGCUGUAGAAAAGAAGCAGAUCUUAUAUUUUCCGAUAUUUAUACCCGCUCUUACAACAAUGACGACAUACUCCAUAUCGAACAGCUGGCCACAAUCACAAUGCUUUUGAGAAACGUAUCUUUUGUUACUACCAACAUGGAAACUAUAGGUCAGAAUCCAAAGUUUGUCCGUUUUCUCUUUAAACUUUUGGAAUCUGUAGCCGAACAUCCCAAGAAGUUUAGAUUUCAGAGAAAGAUUUUGGCCUUACUCAAAGAUUCGUUGAUGAUACUUUCUAGCAUCUCUCAAUUUUUACAGUUGAGAAAUCAUAAAGAUGCGCUAUUGCUCUUAAUGCUAUGUUUUUCAAUGGGUAUCAAGAUAAAAGGGAUUCUUGAUAAGGAUAAGAAAGAUCGUUCAAUGACUGAAAGAAAUAUGCCAGGCUUCCAAAGAUACCACUCUUUCUGUGUUGACAUUUUGGCCAAGGUAUUGGUUAGAAACCCAAACAACAAAAAGUUAUUGGCCGACGUUUUAUGUGAAAAUUAUGUCAGUGAACUUGAUCCGUCUGCUCCCAAUUAUUCAGAUGAGAUGCAUACUUUUAGGUUAUUGAAGUUAUAUGUUGGUGAUGAAGUGAAUGGGCACCUCUUAUCUAAGGCGUUUUCAUUUGCCUUAUUAUCGUUACCAUUAGAUUCACUCAUUAACGCUCCUGCCUUUGUUGAAGAGCUAGCUCCAACUAUCUUUGAAGGACUCCUAGUAUGCAAAAUUUUUAUGGACAUGAUCACUCCCGAUAACUUUAGCAUCAACCUUCCAUUGUUAUGGUUAACGACAAAAGAUAAUAUUGGUGCAAAUUUGCUAACUCUGGGAUUGUACUUGACGAAUAUUGCCAUCAAGACCAAUAACCCCACAUACGUAAUGAUGGCAGGCAGAUGUCUAAGUCUUACAAACGAUCUUAUUUCGAAGGCACUAUUUUUUAGUGAGCUAGGUGACGAUGAUCUCAUAAGGCUUUCUCAACUUCCAGGACUAUUUCCUGCUUUUGAGAAAACUGUAUUAACUAUUGCAAACUCUGUUAACCCGGUUAUUACAAUAGAGUCUAUCAAACUGGAGAAAACAUUUCACCAGUUGACCUCGAAGCUUCAGGAGAGAGGCCUAGGUGUCGAUUAG